AAUCUUUUCCGAUUGAACUGUGGUGUGAUUGAGACAUUUUUACUCCGGCAUGUUAUUCGGGAUGUGUCUCAAAUCGCUCUAUUUGUGGCCAGACCGAUGAUGUGACUUCUGAUCAAUUUUUUAUUGAUUUUGUUGCUAGGUCUGCCACAGGCUCCCAAGAUGGGUGCGUACAGAUAUAUCCAAGAGUUGUAUCGCAAAAAGCUGAGCGAUGUUAUGCGUUUUUUGUUGCGUGUAAGAGUAUGGCAGUAUCGUCAGUUGACUCGUAUGCACCGCGCCCCCAGGCCUACACGACCUGACAAAGCCAGGAGGCUAGGAUACCGUGCCAAGCAAGGUUAUGUUAUCUUCAGAAUCCGCGUGCGCCGCGGUGGCCGCAAGCGCCCAGUGCCCAAGGGUGCCACAUACGGCAAACCCAAGAGUCAUGGAGUCAACCAACUCAAGCCUACACGCAACCUGCAAUCCAUUGCUGAGGAGCGUGUCGGCCGCCGUUGUGGUGGUCUCCGUGUCCUGAACUCAUACUGGGUUGCUCAAGACUCUUCAUACAAAUACUUUGAAGUCAUCUUGAUUGAUCCUUCACACAAGGCUAUCCGCCGCGAUCCUAAGAUCAACUGGAUCGUAAACGCUGUUCACAAGCACCGCGAGAUGCGCGGUCUUACAUCAGCAGGCCGCAGCUCCCGUGGGCUCGGCAAGGGCCAUCGCUUCUCACAGACCAAGGGUGGCUCCAGACGGGCGGCCUGGAUCAGACGCAACACUCUUCAACUCCGUCGCAAGCGAUAAAUUUCUACUUUUCACUGACUGGUUAUUUGGUUUGCGAAGCAUUAUACGAUUUUGUAUUGGUAUUUUGCAACCCAGAUAGGUGGUCAGUGGCCAAUAAAUACUUUAAUUCCA